UCUCUCCUUAUUAGUAGAUGCUGACUAACAUUACAAGCCUUUUCCUGGAGUUUAUUGGUGAUCCCAAGUCUCCAGCCUGGAAGGGCUACCUCCUUGCGGUGCUGAUGUUCCUCUCGGCCUGCCUGCAAAUGCUGAUUAAGCAGCAGAACAUGUACCGGCUCAAGGUGCUGCAGAUAAGGCUGCAGUCGGCCAUCACUGGCCUGGUGUACAGAAAGGUGAGCCCCGGGGGACAAGUACAGGCCUUCCCAGCUGGGAAAAGGAACAUAACCGAACUGGUUGGUAGUAAUGCUAUCAGCAGCUGAGAAGGCUUUCAGUUCUUAUUAGAGUCACUCACGAUAUAUUCUCACUUCCUUUAUUUUUCUUUAUUUGUAUGUAUUUAUUUUUUCAAGACAGUCUCCACCCACCGUGACCUCUUAGAGUGCUGGGAUUACAGGUGUGAGCCACCUCACCUCGCUCUUGUAAAUGGUUUUAAUCAUCCUUUUUUACUGUUCUUCAGCUGGGGUUAUGAUCUCAGCCCUGCUCCUCUCUGCUCCUGCUAAGGGAGUCCCUGUAGGCAGCCCAGUCCCUGCCUCUGUCUAGGAGACAGCAUACCAGAAAAUUAAGUUGGGUUGAUCCUGCCUCAGUGCUGCUUCUGUUUUAGGUAAAUAUACUGUGGGGUUAGGGAGAGAAAAUCCCAAGUGCACCUGUGGAACACCAUGGGCAUCCCCCAACUCAGGACUGUGGGAGAGAGAGGGUGUUGGAGGAGAGGUAAACCUGGAAGCUGGUUAGCCCCACUCUGUCC